CUCACAUUGAAAAGCUAUAUCAACCGAAUCUUACUCCUAUACUCUUUAUUCUGCGAUUUUUAAUUAAAUAUGUUCUUGAUUAUUGCAUUGUUAUUCAAUAUUGCUGGGGUUAUCGCAGCAUCUAGUUUGGCAAAUUGGUCCCGACCAUUUUCGCUCCCGUUGAGCAACACCUCAGGUCGAGCCGCUGAAAUACAGAAGACGCGUCAAAGUUUCACAUACGGAACAGAUAAUACUCUUAUCGGUGUUAACCCAUGGCCUUCGGGACCACUUGGAAAAAAGGCCGUCCAGACGCACUACAAUGCUUUUGAAGCAACUGAGGCGCCCGUCUACCAGCACGUAGACCAGGAUGUUGCCCACGCCCAAGCGUCCCUAAACGACACCCUCCACUUGGAGUCGUUGGAAGACUUUCAGAAACUAUACCAAGGCCAGUGGCAAAACAGCGUCCCAGGGGGACUUGCUGAAGGAGUCCUUCGCAAUGACAAGUCGGAUCUGUUGUUUGCAAUGGAGCGCCUCUCGGUACACCCGGAAAGCUUACGACGUGUCAGACCAGAUGAGCUCGUCGCACUGCGUGUCGAAGACAAGAUUGCACGAAGGAUCACGACAAAGAAACAGCACUCUCUCCAGAAAGAAGGGCGAUUAUUCAUCGUCGAUCACAGCAAUCUGGCAAAUCUGACAUUGACAACAGGUCGCUACGCUGGCGCUUGUGAGGCGCUGUUCUUCAUUCACCCUACUUCAGGGCAAUUCUUACCCCUGGCUAUUCGUCCCAACAACGGCUCGCCUUUGGUUUACACUCCUCUCGACGAAGAAAACGACUGGACUCUAGCUAAGAUACUGCUUAACAUGAAUGAUGUCUGGCACAGCCAGUGGUAUCACCUCGCCGCAGCUCAUAUCUCUUCCGACCUCGUCUGGAUGUCAGCUGCCCGUUCAUUCAGUGACAUGCACCCAGUCUGGGGCCUGAUCCGUCGCUUGGGCGUCAACACUUUCGCAUACCGCGUGGGAGCUAGCGAACUCCUUGUCAACCCCGGCGGCGACAUUGAGAAGAAUUUUGCUUGGAAUGGCGAACAGGCAAUCAAGUACAGCCAACAGAUUUGGCGGUCGGAUUGCGCCCCCUGGCAGUCCAAUUAUCUCGAAACAAAGCUCAAGCGACGGGGUUUGAUAAACUGCAAUUACGGUCCUGAGCUGGAGAAAUUCCCAUAUUACGACGAUGCAUCAGUCAUCCUAGGUGCUCUGAGGACUUUUAUCAGCGCGUUUGUUGACGCAUAUUAUCCUUCGGACGAUGCAAUCACCACGGAUAACGAGCUCCUCGGAUGGUUCGAUGAGGCGGCCAAUGUCGCCUCUAUAGUCGACUUUCCGGACUCCAUCUCUACCAAAUCGGAACUGGUCGCUGUGCUCUCCCAUCUCGCCUAUCUCAUCUCAAUUCUUCACGGUUCGCUAAAUAGCAAUAGUCUUGUGCAUUACAGUGCCGUGUUGCCAAUGCACCCGCUAUCACUUUAUCAACCGCUGCCAAAGGAAAAGGGCGUCUCAAGCCUCGUACCGUUUCUUCCAAACCUAGAAGCCUCGAUACAGCACAUCGCGCUCGUCGCUUCCUUCAAUCAAGCACAGAUUGCUGACACUCCUGAUUCGCUGCGUUUCCUUUUCAACGAACCUGAGUUCCAGGCCCACAUCAACAAAGAGGUACGCGCAGCAGCCAAAGCAUAUUCAUCUACUUUAUCGAGGUUUAGUAAGGAAGUCAAAGGAAGAAAGCUUGAUAGCAAUGGUUAUAGUCAAGGAAUGCCGUUUGUGUGGGAUGUCUUUGAUCCGGCUAAGGCACCUGGGAUCCUUGCCGCCUAG